CGACGAUAAGUCUGGAGAUAAAGUGUAUCUCAGCCUUGAGACCCAUUAUGAAAAUGUGGAUACUUAAUCUGCACCAUGCUGCAAAACCUCAAGUGUGGACUGUAUGGACAGCAGCUGUCGUGCUUCUUUUUGGUCCUUCAAUAGUCCGAAGUGUAGUGCUUUCUCCCUGUGGGGAUGACGGGGUGACCGAAGUGCUGGCUGACCAAGACACUGACUUUACCUGCGCCGCUGAGGGACAAGUACAAUGGAGAUUGAAAGUGUUGGGCGCUAGAAGUUCUGAGUUAUUAGCAACAUGCGAGUAUGGGUGUACUGAGAUGGAAACCUACGAUAAUCUAUUUAUUGCCAAGAUAGGAGACCCUCUCCGGUCCAGUCACAUGACUGUUAGACCUGGGAAUCGAUCAAACAUUCUGUUGUUGGGCGUCAGCCUUCAGUGCGUGAUUGUUUCUGAGACGACACCGGUGCCAUCAGCUGAAUGUAAUCUCAACUAUGCGUGUCCACCAGAGGGAGUAUCAUGCACAGCAAUGAAUACAUCUUGGGUCGUGACUGUGUCCUGUGUCAUCGGCAGUGUCUUCUCCUCACGUGGACGUUACACGUGUCAGCUUUAUCAGGAAAAACACGGACUUCUCCAGUCUAAGAACGAGUCUGUGAAGCAAGCUGUCAUGGUGACUUCGGCGACCAGAGAGAUAGUCGGCAGUGGUAGAGUGAAAAUGUCAGGCUCCUGUCAGUUCAACACAACAAUACCUGCAGUGGAGGGACAAUAUAGCUUUUUUGUCGCCAUCUCACCUGGUGGACGAACCUACGAUGUCAUAUUUACUGCUGGUCACAAAUGGCUUGCAAUUGAACGCCCUCACUCGCCAGAUGUCUCAUGUAGCCCACAGUCCUCUGUUCUAGAGAACACUGGCAUCGUCUGUACUUGCAGUACUCCUAGUCUGGGAGAACCUGCAGGAUAUCUGAUGUGGAUCACUGGCAAUGAUACAAAGCAUAGGACAGUAGCCUGGCAAGAGAACUCAUCCCUAGAACUACAUUAUACUCACAAUCUAACCCUGUCAGACCAUGGGAAAACAUUGUUCUGGUGUGAUGUAAUCUGGGGACAAGAGAACAUUCAUGGACAGAGCUACACUGCCAAUGUGGGAUACCCUGCCAGACCAGUAACUUUCUCCUUUAGCGUCCAUGAAAAAAAUCAGAAAGUGAGGGAGGGGGAACAAGUGACCUUUCUAUGUGAAUCAGACGGACGACCCACACCAAACAUCUCCAUCUAUGACAAAGACAACGACAAAGUUAUUUACAGAGGCCGGUCACCUCUCAACUACACGUUCAUCGCUCGCUGUGAGGACACGGCCACCUACACGUGCUCCGCUUGGAAUGAGUUUUCACGUCAGUCAGGGGAGACCACCUCGGUCAGUCUCGACCUCGAUGUCCUGUGUAAACCUCGAGGUCGUUCGCGUACACAUCUUGGGGAAUACACUAUACACCUAAAAAAGGAAGUGACCUUUGACACCAUCGCUUACCCUGUGCCAUAUGCGUAUCAGGUGUGGCUGCUAGCUCCAUCUACAAACAACAGCGAAAGUAUUGAGAGUAAAAUCAACAACUCAAUGUUGACCAUCACUUGCAAGGCUGGCACAGUCCGCCGUUACCUGUCCACGUGUACUGUGACAAUCCUCGACAUUCCUUUGACGUCCACUGGAUGGUAUAAGAUGCAGGUUAUUAACGAGGCUGGCGAUGAAAACUUCACCGUCGCAAUAACCUUCACAGUCAAGAAGAAGUUUGAAUCAAUUAACCCAGCCGCCACUGUUGGUGUAGUGUGUACCGUCGUUGUCAUCUUCACGAUUGUUGCACUUGUUGUUGUAAUUAGUAAUCGAAAAGAAAAUAAAGAGUAUCCCGAAAAAUCUCAUCGAAUUCAUGAUCCUCGAAGCUUGCAUGUCGGAGAGGAGGAGGUAUAUCCCUGCACCUCACAACCGGAAGGCUGUCAGACGCCCCUGUGUGCCGUAGUGGACAAAACAAACAACAGAACAAACAUUCAUUCUACUCAAGUCACUGAAGCUGGAGACCACAUGGAAAAACUAGAGAAACGAGAAUUUUCAGAGCCAAGCCUCCCAUCAGCUUGUCUAGCUGUUUACGCUGUUGUUGACAAAACCAAAGCCAAAUCAUCAGGCAGGUGUGAUGACUCCCAAAAGUUGAACAAGAGUUGUGCAAGUCAAGGGAAAGAGGAAAAUAUGUCGGAGGACGUCAACAGUUAUGACAGUGAUUUAGUUGAGUACCAGAAUUCGAUGUAUUCACACCAAACUCAAGGUGAGGAUAUUCACAAGUGGGAUGCCCGCAGUUCUGUAUCACAUUUCCAUACAGUCGAUGGCAGGUGGGUCAACUCAGCGAAUCUUCUUUACACCUUCCCCACCUUUGAUGUCGGAGAUGAUCUCUGCAGUCGAUCAUUGCCUACCCACGAAGAGACUGAGUAUUGCACACUUCGCAUGGUUGAAAAGUUCUCGUCCUUUAACGAAGAAUCAGACGACUGAGAUAUAUUCAGGUCUGCGUGUAAAAUAAGCAGCUAGAAGAAGCCCCAACCAGUCCAAUAAAGAGCAACAAACUGUGCUUCAAGUUACUUAAAAAAUCUUUAGGUAAAUAGAAGAAGUUCGUGGGGUGGACUGGCUGGGUGUUUAUGAUAAGAUGUGACUGGCUGAGCAUCAACAUGUGAUACACAUAGAGCUGUUUGCCCUUGUUUCUAUCUCUUAACACUUCUUUGCCAUAGCAGUUGCAAUAGUCACAGAAUAUUGUAUUACUUUACUAAAUUACAUUCAGUGCAAACUUUUAAAAUAAUUCUAGUAAUACACAGAGCUGUGCAAGUUAUAUUUCUUGUACAGAGUAAAGUGAACGAGUACUAAACCAUGUUUCUGAAUUGAUAACAUGGCCGUAUGCUGUUUAUUGUUCAAGUUUAUUUUCUGUCUUUAUCUGAAAUAAAGAUGUAGUUGACUAUCUGUACUACGCGUAAAAUAGAUGGUUUUGUA